UUUUCUUCGUGUAUACGUCUCCUCCUGCGGUCCUUCGUUUUUAUCACUCUUUCACUCUUCAAUUCUCUCUCCCUCUCUGUCUCUCGAAAAAAAAAAAAAAAGUUGGUAUUCAUGAAACUGUUGUGUAUUUAGUUAUAUAUACAGGCCUUUUUCCGGCGAUCUUUGAUUCCUCCGAUCGCCUGCUAUCUCUCCAAUCAUCCACCUGACACUGCUAUGUUAACUUUAACUCUAAGUGCCGUGAGUAACGUGCUGAUCAAAGAUCAUGUGACAGACCGAGUUGCCUGCAUCUUUAUUCCAAUUAUAAUUGGUUCAACACCAAGCAGUCUGUAUACCUCUUAUUCUGGUUUUUUGGUUGGGACAUUAGCAGCUAAGAUAUGUUUGUACUGAAAUCAGUCCAUCGGUUGGGAUCUAUGAAAUGCCUCUAACUUUUAUGAGUAGGAGCACUGAACGAAAUACAGGUUUUCUCAGCCAUAUAUAUCAGGGCUCUGUGACAAGUCUUUGAACAUUCAAGGAAACAUUUCAAAUGAAGGCUAAUGAAGAAUAACAAUUGACUAGUUGAAGCAUAGAUGUCAGUAGCUAAACUCAGCACAAGUGGAGCUCUCAAUGCUAUGAAAAAAGAAGAGGGGAAUGAUUCUCUUGACACUUUCAGCAGGCAAGCUAUCCAAAAGGAGCCUCUUCUCUCUUUCUCAAGGACAGGUGACAGCCCAGUCCAGUGGAUCCAGUUCCUUAACGCCUUAGAUCAGCCAGAUCUCCCUGGUUGGCCCCUGCUGACUUCUCUGAAAGUUACAAUCAAAAAGUGCAAGAAGUGUUCCCGGGAGUUUUGUUCACCAGUUAACUACAGGAGACAUAUUCGUGUGCACCUGCGAUCUUUAAAUGUCAAUAAGGAAUCUCACAAAAAUAGAGAUUUAUUGGCUGCAUUUUGGGAUAAGCUUUCAGUGGAGGAGGCUAAGGAAGUUCUAUCCCUCAAGGAUGCAUCGCUAAAGGAAAUUCCUAGUUCAUCAGUCAUUAGGGCUUUGGCAUCCUCUCUCCACCAGCCAGGUGUUUGGACUCUUCCACAGGUUUAUGUGAGAGCUGGCUCCACAUUAUUGGAUAUUAUUCAAGCCAAUUCUUCCAGGCUUCCAAUAUCCUCACAGGAAUUGUUUAGUAUCCUAGAUGAUGCUAGUGAGAAUACAUUCUUAUGUGCUGGUACAGCUGAGUCUCUGCAAAAAUAUGUUUUUGAUGAGGAAACUGCUAGACAUAGCCUUAAGUUGACGAACUUAAUUGCUUGCACCACCUUUCUUUUCGAACAGCAACUGGUGAAAGCAUGGAUAGAUGACAAAGAUGCAGAGGCUUUAAGAUGUCAGAAGUUGCUUGUGGAGGAGGAAGAAGCUGCACAGAAAAGGCAAGAUGAACAAUUGGAGAGAAAAAAACAGAAAAAGCUCCGUCGGAAGGAACAGAAAACAAAGGAUCAAUUGAAUGCAUGCAAGGAAUACUUGAAUAUCUCUAAUAAUGCACUAGACGAGUUUCUCUCAGCAGAAGUGCCCGACCCUACAUCUUCAUCAGAUUCCAAUUUGAGUUCUCCAGACAUGCCAGUAAUUGUUUCUUCUUGGCCCAAAUCCAUUCAGUUUACAAGUGAAGCAAUAGAUGUUUCUGAAGCUAUGUUUGAUUUCAGCAGCGAACAUAUUGACGCAGACAAUUUCCAGACCGUUGAAACCCAGAAGAUGGACUCAGAUGGCCGUUGGCAUUUAGCAACCAAUAGAUGCCAGGUGACAAAGUCACAAAAGGGUGAUCGAAAUGGCUUUUACGUUAGUCAUGAUCUUGAAGGAUUGAAAUCUGAAACCAUACAAAAGCUUACUCCUAAAGAUCAUGGGACUCUACUUAAUGGCAGCAAAGCUUGGACCAAGAAAUUUAAAGUGGAUAAUGAUGACCAGAACUCAAAACCUAGAUUGCAGGAAGAGACCAGUAACCAAACUGAUAAAAAUAGCUUUAAGGUGAUGAUUGGUUCUAUCUCCGUCACGCUAAGUAAUCCUGACGAAGUGCAAUAUACUUGUAGCACCAAACGUGCCAUACCUAAGAAAAGUGAUGUUCUGGAGAAGAUAGGUAAACAUAGUGCCGGUAAGCCUUUGAUUCCUGUGAACCGGCAUGAAACUAGUGGUAUUUGUCCAGUUGAUAAAGGUGAUGAAGAAUCUGAAGGGAGCGUGUUGGAUAAGGCUGGCGAUCAAACGGUGUGCGUUGAAAGAUGUAUGCAAUCAUGCUCUAUCGACAGUGAUGACCGAGAUGGUGGAAAGCACAGCAAUAUUUUUUCAGAUGGAAAUACUAAACAAAGAGGUUUAUCUUUCUGCAGUGUUGCUGCAAAAGAGUUUCUUUCACAGAGACGGAAGGAAGUUAUGUCAUCAAAUCAUGUGAAAUUAGUUCUGUUCUCAGAGAUAGAACCUCCAUUAUUCUCCGGCGCUGAAGACGACAACUUCACAAAGGCAGCACAAACAUUGGAUUUUCAUGAAGGCACUGUCAAUGGCAAUGCUGAGACUUAGCAGCACCCCCUAGGCCUAGAAGCGUCAAGCAGAAAUGCUCAGAUUAAGAUCAGAAACAAAGGUAGAAAAGAUAUUUUAAGAUUAAUAGACAUACCCAAACAAAAUGCUGUUGUCUUAUUAGAGUAUGUAUACCCAAUUUUUUAACCUAUUGCCCUUACAUUCUCAGCAGGGGUUCCAAUUUUAACCGGGUCUUCUGUCAUUAACAUGUACGUAUCCAUAGACGAUCUACUAUGUUGAUAAACAUUUUCAUUUUCUUUUUAACUAAAUUGUUUGGUUGGAGAUGAAUGGAAAUAAACCCCAAAUUGAAAUGCGAAAGGAAAUCAUAAAUAAAAUGGAAGAUUUUGUCUUUUUGAAA